CAUAUUAAAUACAUUUGAUAUAAAAUUGGAGAAACUUGAGAAAGCUGUCUCACCUAUAUAUAAAGAAUCUGGAAAUUUACAAACAAGAUUGAAAAAUGCUGAAAACUUGAUGCAAAGUCUUGAUCAUGUUUUAGGGUAUUAUAAUACAUUUAAAGAAUCUGAACAAAUAAUAAAUCAAACAAAUCUUGAUGAAAAUGUUGAGGAAUAUUUAAGCCAGAUGGAUAAGAUUGUUGUUGCCAAAGAUUUUUUUGCUGAGAAUCUCCUAUCAAGCAAUGAAUUAUCCAAAAUUAAUGAACUCUAUAAUCAAGGAUGCAACAAUUUGGAGAAGGAGUUCAAAUACGUAUUAACCCAAAACAGCAGGCCCAUUCCGCCCCACAUCAUAAAUGACUUGGUGAAUAACGAGGAAGAUUUGACUCCCGAAAAUGUCCAAACUAUAACAAAUUUCCCGGUCAAUGUUUGUCAAGACCUCUACAAAUUAUCCAGUUGGUUAAGCAAGGGCUCGGAAUCACCUAAUUUUAUGGGAACCUACUCCAACGUAAGGGGCGACAAUUUGGCACAAUCUUUGAGGGGGUUGAGGGAUCACGUUAAAUCUCAAAGCGGAAGCGGAUCUUCGCUCUCGACUCCCUCUAGCUUCCUGAGUAGCAGUUACAAGCUCUCCAACUACACUAAUAACUCCUCCGAGAGUUUCGUUAAUUUCAAAAAUUUCAGGAGAAAAUUUUUCCGCAAUUCGUCGGCUUCCUUCAAAUCGAGUAAUUUGCCUCCCUCCCUUAAUAACAACGCGAACCCUAAUGCGAACACAUCGUCCGAUAAAGAUAUCGAUAUCGAGAUAUACUUGACAGCAUUUCACGCCUUACUAAAACUCAUGCAGCUCGAAGAAAAACUCAUGGGUUUAUGCCUCCCCGAAACUUUGUUCUGGCAAAUAUUCGGAGCAUUGGUUCAAGCCCCGCUGGAGUCUAUGCUCAGCGAAGGUGACGUCAUCGUUAACGCCGUUCUAACCGCCAUAAAAGCCAAGGACUUUUCACCCGUGGCCAUUUGCAUAUUCCCGAUUUUCAAAUACCUAUUGGGGCUUAAGCCUCAACUAGAUUCCGUUUUUAUAUAUUGCAAACAGGUCACGAAACAAAAAUUCGAGAGCUUGAUGGAUCACAUGACCGAGGUCAGCUUCGAACUCCUGGAAAACUACCUGGAAACCAUCAGAAGCAACAACGCCUCGGGGCUGUGCCUCUCUGGCUCGUCAAAUAUUAACGAAUUUGAGGGCUACACGAGCUUGAACUCGUCCAGCACCAACUAUUACGCUAACCUACCUAAAGAUGGAAUAGUCCACGAGAUAACUAGCAAUACUUGCCUAUUCCUGGAAAACAUAUCGGAGUUCAUGGAUAUCAUCGGCAACAUUCUCAUCAAAAAAGACCCCAUAACCUACCCUCUAUCCUCGAUUUCGCCCCCUCGUACCCUUCUCAGCGAUUCUACUUCUCAUUCAACUCGCUCUUCCCUUUCACCCUCUCACAGAUCUAAUCAUAAUUAUCAAAGUUACCCUAGGUCAGGUUCAUUUACCCCCACGGGCGACGAAAAUAUGUCCAAAGUGAACUCGACAUUUGUCCAACUUAACAACGUGACGGCCGACACCAAAAAGGCCUUUUCCGUUUACCUGAGCCGAAUUUUAUCGACGUUGGGCCUUAAUCUGCGACUUAAAUUCGAGGCUUACAACGAGGAGGCUUUGGGUAGCGUAUUCCUCAUAAAUAACUUCUCUUACGUGCUCAAAUUCUUACGGAAGAAUGCUCACUUGCUGCAAGUGGUCAAGAUAUCGACUCCUAGAGUGGAAGAAUAUUACGAACAGCAGAUUCAGGAAUUCAAGAGGAUUUAUUCGCAAUGCUGGGGUAAGGCUUUGUAUUACAUGAAUGAAAAAUCCGGUCCUCACAUAAACAUUCCCAAAGCUAUGACAUCUGUCACCUCGCCCGAUGUCUAUUCUAGCAAAGGAAGCAUAACCGCUAACACGGCUUCCUUCAAAUUGAAAGACAAGGAUAAACAAGCUAUCAAGGACAAAUUUACGGGUUUCAACAAGGAAUUCGAAGAAUUAGCCAAUAAGCACAAAAAAUAUUUCGUGGCCGACCCGAAGAUGAGAGAAACGUUGAGGUUAGAGACCAAGGCUUUCAUCCUCCCGUUAUACAAAGAAUUUAGAAACAAAUUUAUGAAUGUUCCCUUUUCGAAAAAUCCCGAAAAAUAUAUUAAAUACGAGAAUGAACGAAUUUCCGAAGAAAUUGACCAAUUUUUUACUGGAACUGAUUAAAACGGAGAUUAAUUUUUAUAAGCAUAUUUGUUAUUAAA